AUGGCAUCGGGAGACCGUGGGAACGUGUCAAUUUUCUCCAUAUGGUUCACUGUUCCCCAGUGCGCUUAUCCGCGACUUAGCAGUGAUAGGAGCUUCAAGCAGAAUCUAGUUUACUCUGUCACGGUCUCGAGUCAUUCCAGUCGACCGUGCGCCCUCACGCCCAAUUCCAUUGAACUUAACUACAUCCAAUUAUCCUGGCGAACCUUUGCCAGGUAUCCUGCCUCACGACUGCGUCCAAUGCCGACAGUCGCGUUGCCACGGAAGCUGAGCGUUGCAUGCGGCUUCUUCGCAAGCGUCUGUCCUUUGGUUCCAAUCACAGAACCAAAGGGAAGAGUCUUCAAUCUUCGUGAACCAGAGGACGGUAUCGAGUACUUCAACACAGUGGUGGUACAACCACAUAGGAAGCUGGUAACCAAUCAGGGCCGUGGUUACCACAUCCGCUGCAAAUAUCAAACGCAGGAGAAGACUGUUACCAACGCCUUCAAUGUCAGCGGCGAUUUCGUCACGGAUGUCGAAUGGAAGGCGCCCAACGGAUCAAGCUUCAUUGGUACGACGCCGCUCACAGCUACGGCGCCAAUGCCAGGUUGCUACAUGCGGAUCUUCGCGGGAACUCCUGACGACAAAAAGGUCGCAGAGAACGUGCGCAUCGGCGACCCAUUAACCAUGGAGAUCUCCCUUGACGAUCAAGAAAUUUACGGCAUGAAAGUUACGGACUGUCUUGUCCGCGACGGACUAGGUUGGGGAGAGCAAAUGCUCAUCAACGAAGAAGGGUAUGUUACGCCUCCGUAUUUGUGGUAUAUGUAAAAAUAAAUAAUAUAU